AUGGAUGAAAGCAACAAGAGUAAGAGAGCAUCAAAACCCUGGGAAAUGGUUAUGAGUAAUUUCACUGAUGAUCUGUGGACUGAGAUUUUCCUCCGCUUUCCGUUGGAGUCGUUACUCCGAUUCAAAUCGGUGUCCAAAACAUGGUUGUCCAUUAUUUCCAGUCAUCGUUUCGCCUUAUCAUAUCUCGCAAUUGCUCCUAAAGAUGAUCAAAUCCUCAUCGUUCACCAUGAUUCACUCCAACCCGAAGAAGGGGAUGACGGCCAUUUCUCACUCUAUCACCUCGAUUCGAGUCGCAUUUUAGAGAAUUUGCAUUUUCCUUACUCGCAAGAUGAGUAUCCCUUUAAGCCAGCCUACUCUCAACUUAUUGGUUCAGAAUGUGGUAUUGUUUGUGUUUCGGUGUGGGUCUCCAAGUGGCGUGCUGCCAAAAAUGAUAAUGAUUUAUAUCUGUGGAAUCCUGCAACUAAGCAGUCCAAACUCAUUCCCCCGUAUACUCUACCCGAUGAUAAUCCGACUGAUGCUGCUUUAGGCUUUGGCUUUGAUCACAUUGAUUUGGAUUUUAAACUUGUUAGAUUUAUAUUCCGUACUCGUUCUGCUGAGGUUUAUUCUUCAAACAUAAAUAAUUGGCGUAAGAUUAAGCAAAAGCUAUCUGAUAUUUCUGGCUACAUUUCGUUUCAUACAUGCUUUCAUGGUUUUUUGUUUGCCCUUCAACACUAUUUUAGUACUGGUAGCAAAGGUAUGGUGGCUUUUGAUUUAAACAAGGAGGUGUUUAUUCGUGAUAUUAAUCUCCCUGUUGGCUCUUUUGACUAUGGUAGUAGUUCUAGUGAAAUUGCUCAAUACAAGGAUACUAUUGCCUUCAUUGUUUCUUAUAGUAUCGCGGACAGCGCGAAAAUUAACUUGUGGACAUUAGACAAUGAGGCAUGUCUUUCUGGCGGUGGAGUUGAGGCAUCAUGGACUAAAGUGCUCAGUCUUGAUGUAGGUGUGCCGUUUAACUUUGUUGAGGGCCUUUUUAACGAUACUCAAUUCUUACUAUAUGGUGUAAGUGGUGGUCGGUUAUUGUAUAACUCGAAUGACAAAUUAACCACAGAAGUCCCUGGUUAUCCUAACAUUGCACCUUGUGCAAUUUUUAAGUAUACGAAGAGCUUGUUUUCACUCACAGGAUUCAAACGAAUCAAGUGGGCUUCUCCAUCGUAG